GGGUAGGACCGUAAGAGGGAAUUGACGUAAAACGGAUGCAUACCAAACUCUUUCCAUAGACAUAAUAAGGCUGUUGGGAACUUGAGAUUGAUUCCCGAUCCCGAAUCCUCUGUAUUCUUCAACAUUUUCUUUCCGUUUCUUCGUUUUCAUUUCUUCAUUUACAAAUGUUCCCUCCCCAAUUUCGAUCUCACCCGUCAAAUUAGUUUUUUUUUUUUUUUUUUGGGCAAAAGGAAUGGUGAAGAAUUUGCAAGUGGCUUUCAACACCUCGGUCUCCACCCCGCCAAUUGCGAGCUCUCCCGCCUCCACAAUCGAUGGUGAAGGUUCGAGCUUCUUGGUCAGGACCUCCUCCUCCUCCAGCUCGAAUUGCCAUGGAUUCUGGUUCGACGCGUUUCUGGUUGUGCCUUCGGUUAUCUUUGUGGUGUAUUUGGCGGUUCACGCGAAGAAGAAUCUGAACAAGCUCUGUAAUGGCCGGUCCUAUAUUAUGAUUUCGUAUUAUGCUUUCCUUUGGAUCGCUAGCAUUCUCAACCUUACUUGGUGCUCUCUUCAGGCAUGGCAGUGCUCUCCUGGGAAGGAGGUUGCUUGGAAUCUCCUCUCAUUAUUCACAGCUUCUGGAAUGCUUUGUUGGGAAAUUAGCUUGGUUGCUUUUUUACUCCAGGAAGACUAUGCCAGUGGUGUUGAAGCUUUGGCACGCACUUUCAUUGUCUCAGGGAUCAUUGUUGGUUUGGAUACUCUUCUUAAGGCAAUCUAUGUAUUUGGAUUUGGGGUGCCGUUGUUCAUGGAUGGUGCUGGAAACAUAGAUGGCAUCAAAUGGGGCUUAUGGAUCAUCCAUAUAUUAUUGCUUACUGCAGUUUAUGGCUACAUCUUGUUUGUGCAUUUCUCAAAAUGGAGAGAAAAGCUCCCACCCAGACCAGCAUUCUACAACUACGUUGUUGUAAUGUUCGUGACUUGUUCAGUGUCAUUGUUUGCAUGUGGACUAGCAGGGCUUGGUGCGAAUUUUGGAAUUUGGUUAUACAAUUUCACAGUGAUAUGUUACCAUUCUCUGUAUCUACCCUUUCUAUAUGUAACUUUCCUGGCAGAUUUUUUCCAGGAGGAAGAUUUUCUUUCGGAUAGUGCCUACUACUCUGAGAUGAAAGAUGCAGGUUUCUUUGAUGCUGAUUGGGAUUAAGCCUAUUGAUAGCUUGUGAAUGUGAGCAUUAGCCCUUUAAUGUAAAUUGUGUAAAAUAAUACGCAUUCUUUAGUCUAUAUCAUAUACCGUUACAUACAUGACCAACCCCCUUCAUUCUUCUACAUUUUUUUUUUCCGUGUCAAUCCUUGUAAUGUUGAAAAGGAUGGUUGUUGCAACAGCUACAACUUCCGUCAUCAAACUUCACUUGCAAUGAUAUAUCAAUAGGAACAUGUAAUAGUAAUAAAAUGAUUUAAUUUGUAAUUAUGAUCAUCAAAUAGAUUCAAAUGAAUAUAAAUUUUAUCCA